GGAAUAAAUGGUGAUUUUAUAAUAAAUUGAUUUCGCAUAAUUUUUGUGACGGUAUAAAUAAAUUAACAUCAUAAAAAUUUGGACAAACCAAAAUAAAAAAAUUAUCAGUCCAUCUUCUUGAAAUGAGAGCGACCAAAUGUACUUUGCUAAGAUUUGGUAAGAGUGGUUAAGAGCCCAUGUAUCAUGUUGCACUUGGGAAUGAGUGCCUUCUUUGAUUUGCCAGCUUCCUCAUCUUAUUAAUAUAAAAACAUAGCAGAGAAGGUUUAUGAGAUCAGCAAAGAACGCACCAUGGAAGCUGAAGACAUACAAGAUAUUGUUAUCGUUGGUGCCGGAAUCUCUGGCCUUGCCACCGCCGUUGGGCUACACAGGCUUGGGAUCAGAAGCAUGGUUCUUGAAUCAUCUGAGCAGCUGAGAGCCACAGGGUUUGCACUCAUCACUUGGUUCAACGCUUGGAAAGCCAUGGAUGCUCUUGGCGUUUCUCAGCAUAUUCGUAAUCUCCAUGAUCGCCUUCAAGGAUGGGUGGUUGGACCUAUUUCUUCAGAAAAUCCUCCUAAAGAGAUGUUGUUUCCAGAAUCUGAAGAAUAUGAGGCUCGAUGCGUACAGAGGAAGCUGUUGUUAGAGGCUCUAGCGUGUGAAUUGCCUGAAGGGACCAUAAGGUUCUCAUCUAAGCUUGUUCAUAUCGAACUGUCUGGACACUACAAGAUGGUUCAUCUCUCCGAUGGGACUAUUCUCAAAGCCAAGGUUUUGGUUGGGUGUGACGGAGUAAACUCAGUGGUUGGUAAAUGGCUAGGCUUCAAGAAUCCUGAAACAACUUCCCGGUUAGCAAUCCGAGGGUUCACUCAUUUCCCGACAGGCCACGGAUUUGGAAAAAGGUUCUUUCAGUUCUAUGGCAACGGAGUUCGCUCAGGUUUCAUCCCCUGUGACCAAAACACUGUCCACUGGUUCCUAACCCACAGCUCUACUGAUUUAGAUGAGGAGACAAAUACAGAAACCAUGAAACAGUUUGUGCUGAAUAAGAUCAAAGAUUUACCUGAAGACAUCAAGACUGUAGUGGCGACCACCGAUCUUGAUAGCAUGGUGAUGUCUCGAUUGAAGUAUCGACCUCCGUGGGAACUCCUUUGGGCAAACAUUGUAAAAGACAAUGUAUGUGUUGCAGGGGAUGCACUUCACCCAAUGACUCCUGAUAUCGGACAAGGUGGUUGCUCUGCCAUGGAGGAUGGAGUUAUCCUAGCUCGUUGUCUCGGUGAAGCUAAGGAUCUGAAAGGUGAAACAGAAGAUGAAGAUAAGAGUUAUAAGAGGAUUGGCGAAGGUUUGAAGAAGUAUGCAAAAGAAAGGAAAUGGAGAAGCAUUGAUCUGAUAACUACAGCAUAUAUUGUAGGUUUCAUACAACAAAGUAGAGGGAAGUGGAUGAACCUGUUCAGAGACAGGUUCUUGUCGUCUUUCCUUUCUCGGUUGCUGCUGAAAAAGACUCGUUUCAAUUGCGGAAGCCUUAGCUGUGAUUCUCAAUAAGCGAGCAGGAAUGGUGUAGCUUAGC